AGUCUGAUUCUCUCUCCAGCCACUUUAAUCCUUGCCGUUUUUUUCUCACCUAGCUUCCUUCACGUUUCACCACGUUCUAACCACAGUUGCGAAAUUUGGGGUAGUUGUAUUUGGAUAGGUUUUUACAUUCUAUUGGUGUAUUUUUGUUCAGAAUAAUUUCAUAUUUUCAAAGAUUGUGAACCGUAUUCAACUUCCAAUCCUUUCCUUUUUCUUCUCCAAUACCUUCCUUCAAGAUUCUUCAGCUUCAAAUCGGCUUAUGCGAAAAUUGGGGAAAGUUAUAUUGGGGUUUUCGAGCAAUUAAACUCACCUGUUAAUGGCAGACGGAGCAACACCUAAUAGGGUUACUCGAGCCUCUGCCGAUAAAAUGGCUACUGAAAGGCGUUCCAAGAAUAUACAUGAUCCUCGCAGAAUUCCAAAUCCACCAAUUGCUAAAUCGUCAAACAAAAUAGAUGCGGCUACAGUGACGAAGAGGAAAAAAACUACUGAUGUUGUUCCGGCCAGCAAGGGGAAACAAGUCGUAGAGGCUGAAGCAGAAGAAGAUCAAUUACCUGUGAAGAAACAGGACCCUAAAUUCCUUGUUAAAUUUCCUCCAACUCAUCCUAUACGAUAUGCUUCGUACAUGAACUACAAUAUAAAAAAGGACUUGGAGGACAAACUUACAGAAAGACAGCAGCAACUAUUUUCUAAAACUAUAUUUGGAAAAUACUUGCAGAUGCAACAUUGUGAAGUCCAAGGGCAGCUGUUCCGGUGUUUAAUGGUCAGAGAGCUGAAGAAAAGCACACCUGAUGCUUUUGUUAUUAACAUUAAUGGGACUGAAUUGACAUUUUCUCUAUUUGAAUUUGCAUUAAUGUCCGGGUUAAAGUGUUAUGGUGAAGAAAUCGUUUUUAACGAGGGUAAAAAUGGACUGUUGGAAAAAUACUUUGGUGGUUCCAAAAAAAGCGUUAAAAAGAUGGAGCUAAAUGAGUGCUUCAAUGACAAGAAUUGGGGUGUAGAUGAUGAUGCAGAUCAAGACGCUUUAAAGAUUGUGGUGUUGUAUUUCAUUCAUAACUACAUACUUUCAGGUGAGAAGAGGAACGUCGUAAUUCCAAGACUUCAUUUUGACCUGGUAGACAGUGGACGGUACAAGGACUACACAUGGGGCAAGGAAGCAUUUGUUGAUUUGAUUAAAAACAUUCACAAUAAGAUGGACAAGCCGAAACAGUAUUACUGUCUUCGGGGUUUUCCAUUUGCUAUUCAAGCAUGGUUAUAUGAGUGUUGUUCCAAUGUGGACCCAGAUUUAGCCGUAAGAAAUGGAGACCGAUUCCCCAGGAUCUUAAAUUGGAAGACAGUAGACCCAACACCAUCAUUUAACCACCUGAUGACUGGGAUGUUCAAGGAUGACGUAUCUGAGGACCAUGUUACAUAUAAUAAUAUUGUGCCGGUCAUUUCUGAGGUUGAGACUCUUGGACUACGUCCAUAUCUCAGCAACAGAACUGCAGCAACCACCAACACACAUGAGGUUGCAGAUGAUUAUGAUGAUUUCAGUUCCACACCACCCCACUUGGCUGCUGCAAAACAACCUCAAAAGAAGGAUGCAUCAAAAUCUCCACCACACAAGAAGCCGAAACAGAUGCGAACUGUACCACAGACAGUGGACAAUACAACAACUCCAAUCCCAAGUACUGUUACUCAUUCUAGGGGUGGACGAUCUACCAGACGUCCUAUUUUGGCAUCAAACAAGUCUGUUGCAACAAAGGAAAAGGAAAAGUCAUGUCCAAGCGCCCCCCGUCUCCAUCCCGACCGUGUUUCUGAUGAUGCUCCAAAUACCAGCAAAUCAGAUGACAUCAAAACUUUGAGGCAGGAACUUAACGAGUUUAAGAACAAUGUAAGUAUUUUUAUGAUGUUACUUAUGUUAUUUUAG